AUGGCUGAACCGAUUAGAAAUAAGCGUCCUGAUCUGACGGCUCCCACGCCGCAGAACACUCCGGCCACGAAUGCGCCCAUCUCCUCUCAUGCUCAGCAGCCUGGGGUGGCCAGCAUCAAAGAAGAAGACAUGGAUCGCGCGGCUGCCGCUGCCAUCUUCGCCCAGAACCCGAAGCUUGUCCAAAUGAUACAGGGUCGGCUAGGCUCACUCAUUGGUCGCUCUUCAGGUUAUAUCGAGUCACUCCCUCCGGCAGUCCGUCGCCGAGUUGCAGGCCUUCGUGGCGUCCAGCAAGAGCACUCCAAGCUCGAAGACGAGUUCCAGAAGGAAGUUCUCGAGCUCGAGAAGAAAUACUUUGCCAAAUUCACACCGCUUUAUGAGAAACGGGCUGCCAUUGUCAAUGGCAAUGCGGAGCCAACCGAAGACGAGGUCAAGGCUGGGGAUAACGAGGACGAACAGCUCCAGGCCCAAGGAGCUCCUGACGAAAGUGCACCAAAGCAGAGCGACGUUGCCGAGGACGUUGCUGGAAUCCCCGAGUUCUGGCUGUCAGCCAUGAAGAACCAGACGACCCUUGCCGAAAUGAUCACCGACCGAGAUGAAGCCGCCUUAAAGCACCUGACGGACAUUCGCAUGGAGUAUCUCGACAAGCCUGGCUUCCGUCUCAUCUUUGAAUUCGCGGAGAACGAGUUCUUCGCUAACAAGUCCAUCACCAAGACAUACUUUUACCAGAACGAAAGUGGCUAUGGCGGUGACUUUAUCUAUGAUCACGCAGAGGGCGACAAGAUUGAAUGGCACGCUGGCCAAGAUUUGACCGUCCGUGUCGAAGCCAAGAAGCAGAGAAACAAGAACACAAACCAGACCCGUAUUGUCAAGAAAACGGUCCCCACGGAAUCAUUCUUCAAUUUCUUCUCGCCACCACAAGCCCCCAACGAUGACGAACCGGAGGACGAGGACGCCGUUGCUGAUAUUGAAGACCGACUGGAAUUGGAUUAUCAGCUGGGCGAGGAUAUUAAAGAAAAACUCAUCCCUCGAGCUAUUGAUUGGUUUACUGGCGAAGCCCUUGCUUUCGAAGAAGACUUCGACGAAGAUGAUCUGGAUGGUGAGGACUUCGACGAGGACGAGGAUGAGGACGAGGACGACAUGAGCGAGGACCACGAUGAGGACGAGGAGUCCGACGAAGAGGAUGAAUCCGGGAAACCCAAGCAGGAGGCCGCUGAGUGUAAGCAAAGCUGA